CACACAGAGGUUCAGUUCCGCCCGUACCGCACGGACGACUUCAUCACCCGGCUGUACUACGAGACCCAGAGGCUGACUGUCCUCAACCAGACGUGGGUGCUGAAGGCUCGAGUCAACGACUCCGAACGCAACCCCAACCUCUCCUGCAAGCGCACCCUGUCCUUCCAGCUCAUCCUCAAAAGCAAAGUCAGCUCCCCCCUCGAAUGCUCCUUCCUCCUCCUCGAGGGUCCUUACGACGACGUCCAGAUCAACCCGGUCAUCUACCACUUCGUUUUCACCAACGAGAGCAACGAGACCGACUACGUCCCGCUGCCCAUCGUCGACUCGGUGGAGUGCAACAAACUGCUGGCGGCCAAAAACAUCAACCUGCGCCUCUUCCUCUUCCAGAGA